GCUGCUCAGCUACCACCUACACUCGCGAACACAGCUUAAUGCGCAAGUGGGGGUUAAUAGUUGCCGCGGGAACUCGAUGCCGUGGAUUUGUCUUGCCUACACAGAGUAGCCACGGUGUUGCCAUGGCGACCGGGGAUCCAGGGUUAGGGCAGCAGCGCUUCGCGUAUGCAUAUUGUCAUGGCUUCCUCAGCGGACCAGGAUCGAUAAAAGGCCAGGCCCUACGCAAGUCUCUGCUCGAAGUGGAUGUGGAGUUGUCGCUCUUGAAUCUGAACGGCGGAAACGACCCGGGAGCCAUCACAUGCUCGGGAGCUGUGGAGGCGGUACGAGCGUUUCAUCUGCAGCAAAAGUGUGCCCUGGGCGACCAAGGCCUCAAGUUACGGCUUGUCGGAAGUAGCCUUGGGGGUUUCGUCGUUGCAAGAUACGCAGAGUUGUACCCUGAAGAGGUCGACCGGAUCUUCAUGCUCUGCCCCAGCUUCGGCUUGGGGACCAGAGCUGGCAAAUUCGCGAGCGAAGCGGAGAUGGCCGAGUGGGAGCGGACGGGAGCGAGAGUCUUUUCCUUAUCAACCGGCGGGGAAGCAAGCGUCCCUUGGACCUUUGUCCAAGAAGCCAGGCUGCAACCCGACUACCCGGCCUACGCCUGUCCGGCGGCGAUUGUGCACGGGCUGCAGGACGAAGUCGUGCCGGUAGCGGUGACCAAAUCGCUCGUGGAGGGGAGGGGGGAUCUGGCGGAAUGCUCAUUCGCGACUUUCGUGGAGGACGACCACGCACUCACCAAGCCCUCAACAAUGGCCCUUACAGCCGAGGCGCUGGCUGAUUUUUUCGAGCUGGACAGACGAGAGGUCGCAGAAGGAACUGAAGGGGCUGCGGCAGUUGACGACACCAACGGAAGGAGGGAUCAAUCUCCGCCCCAAAGAAGCAUCGAAGUGGAAGCCAAGUUUUCAGCGCAUGAUGUCGACAAGGUCAAGGAAACGGUGCUGGCACGAGGAGGACACUUCGUGGGAGAGCAAGUCUUUACAGAUGUGUAUUGGGAUGCGAAAGGCUGCGGGCUGACGGAGAUAGAUUGGUGGCUCCGAAGCCGUGCCGGUCGAUGGGAGCUCAAGGUACCAGCGGCUGACGUGGGCGAAGGGGUUACUGCGUACAGAGAGGUGACGGCACCUUCGGAAAUCGCGAGAGAGCUACGAGAGGCAGGGUUUCUUGAAGAGUUGAAAUCGCACCACCUUCACGAGUCUCGCCUCGACAAACGGGUGCUGGAAGCUGCGGGUUUCGAAGCCUUCGCUUCUCUCCGCACCAAUAGACUGAAAUACCGGUUGGGUGUAUUUGCCGUGGACAUCGACCGAGCAUCUGGUCGCCAGGUAGAGUUUGGUCAUGAAGUGGUGGAGAUCGAGAGGAUAUCAAAAGAGUCGGACGUUUUGUCUGCCAGAGAUAGCAUAACAGCUUUGGCGCGCUCUCUUGGUGCUCGACGCGAAGGCGAGUCUGGCCGCCCUGUCAAGGGCAAGCUGGUGGAAUACAUCAUCAGGAAUUGCCCGCGGCAGCUGGAAGUUCUAGCAAGGCAAAGAGCUGUUUGAAACGUGCAAGGCAGGGUGUGACACCGGGGAGCAUGUGCGUUUGGCUGGUGUUCUCUUCAGCCCGGACCUGAGGAGAGCAAACACGCUUGCCGCAGUACAGGUUUCUAUGGUCCCGCCACCUUUCGUGGGCACUGCGUGAAGUCGGCGAGAUAUUGUUGGUUACGUCAAGCCCUUUGUUGUCUCUCCCCGUGGGAAUGAAUGCUUCGUUUGAUUCUGCCAGAGUGAGGACAGCACGUAUUCAUGGUCUGAAGAGCCGGAGGAAGUUCGCUCAUGUCUCGUGGAUCCGUAGGCUCCAGUCUUUCCAAGUGGCGACUCUCCGCGAACUUUGGAUCUACACGAGCAUUGGUUAGAUUCCUUGAGAGAAAUUUGGCCAUUGUGCGGGACUCGUCUUGUCGCCGCGUUUGUCGCGGAAACGACACAGUGGGACCUCUGGUGGCCAUGGUCCUGUUGCCCAAAUCAUCAGGGAUGUCCUUGUUGUAUGCAUACAGCCCAGCAGCAGCGCUUGUUGUACUGGAGGAGAGUGGGACUCUGCAGAAUAUCUGCCUCACUUGUUGAGUGUUAAUCCACCACCAGGUUGUGAGCUUGCGUCUUCCAAGGGUUACAUGCGAGAAGUCAGUUUUUGCAUACCUUUCCAACUUCUCUCCGAAGUUAAAGGUAGCCGAGUCUGCACGUGUCUGAAUUGAAUAAGCAAGCUUGCCCCCCGCGAACAAUGCUCGCCCGGCAUGGUU